AUGGCCGCGAAUCUCAUUUCAAAGCCAUGCAGCCCUCCCACCGAUGAGCCAGCAACAGGACCCUACAGGCUCACGCCUAGCGACACCGACCGAGUCCUAGAGUUCUACGAAGUGAUACGCGAGCCCCUGGGUGCGCCCCGAGUAAGGUGUACCGUGAAAACGAAAAACGGGGACAACAAAACUGGGAUAUGUUCCUGGAUGCAGUUCCAACUUGCACCAGGAGCGAGGGAGAGCUGUGGACGGGACUGGGAUUAUUACAUUGAAAAAUAUGGCUCCAUGCCGGCCGCUCCAGCGCCACCAAGCGUCAAAUGCUACCCUUCGGAACAUUCCCAGUGGAGAUACAUCAGCAGCCGGGGCGAGAUUAGGCAUAUUGUGCGCUUUAAUGUGACUACUCCUGGUCAGGAUGAUCCUGUGCACGAUGCGUUAGUAAACGCUGUGACCAUGGAGGGCAUUCUCGCGGUCCAAUGUCCAUGGCAGAUCUGUCGAACAGUGCCUGAUGCAAAAUCGGCCGCCGGAGCUCUGUGGGAUAUUACAGAGGGGAGUACAAAAAGCAAUAUGGUUGGCUUACUUGGUUUGCUCAAUUUAAUGAUUGUCUUGGACUCUGACAACUCUUGUACUGCUGGUAAUGAACAGUAA